AUGAAGAUUACUGAGAGAAAUCCUUAUGUGAGAUUUUUCAGAUCGUUGAGGGAAAUAGAGAUAGAUGAAAACACGCGAAUAGUCUUAAGUCAGAGUACAGUUUUGGAUCAGCGUGUUUACAAUGCACCUUUGUCAGAUGAAGUUGUUGUGGUGUGGCCAGAUGGUGCGUCUCCUAAUCAAAUCAGCACUUCGCAUAUUCUUGUGUAUGGAAAGUCUGCUCAAACUCAUCGGAUUUGUCACUACUACGGGUGCUAUGACCCACUACAAUAUCCACUGUUAUUCCCCCAUGGUGAAUGUGGAUGGACCCAAAAUCUUAAGAAACGGAUUGCUAUUGGGAAGAAUCAAACACAUCAGGUUCUAGAUCCUAUACAUUCAUGUGCAGUUCAUACCGUACAAAAUUUUUUGGAUGAAGAAGCAUCACGUGCUUUUGUUGUCGACAUGUAUGUCAAGAUAGAAAAUAUAAGGCUCGAUUACCUAAGAAACAAUCAAGAUAUAAUAAGAGCUGAUCUUUAUCAAGGUAUUCUUGAUAGUGUGACGAGUGGAGAAACAGAUGCUUCAAAAAUUGGACAUCUUGUUGUUUUGCCUCCAUCGUUCAUCGGCUGUCCUAGAGAUCUUAAAUGCCGGUAUAAAUGCUAUGGCAUUAGUUCAGAGAUUAUGAAGGAAAAAGUCUUCGGUGAAGUAGCAGCAAUGAUUUACGUUGUUGAGUUUCAAAAGAGAGGAUUACCACAUGCACAUUUCUUAAUAAUACUGAAAUUUAAAUUCAAAAUACGAGGGCCAACAGAGUAUGACAAAUUUGUUUCUGCUGAAAUACCAUCACUUCAUAAUCCUCUUCUUCAUAAAGUUGUCAUGACUCACAUGAUGCAUGGACCGUGCGGCAAGCUGAAUCCAAGAUGCCCUUGCAUGAAAAUGGAUGAGAGAAAAUUAGUAUGUAAAAAUGGGUAUCCGAAAGACUAUAUAGCAGAAACAGCAAACAACAAAGAUGGAUACACUGUAUAUAGAAGAAGACAAACAGGUGAAAAAGUGAAAAUUAGACAAGCUGAGCUAGAUAACCAAUGGGUUUACCUUACAAUCCGUAUUUACUACUCAUGUUUGACUGUUAUAUAA